CCUAAUUUUUCCUUUUUUUUUUUUUUUUUUUGAAAAGCUGAGUUAGAGACAGAUCUUCCAUACACUAGUUCAUGCUUCAAAUGGGUGUAGUGGCCAGGGCAGGAUGCUUCCUCUGGGUCCCAAGCACUUGAGCCCUCCUCAGCUGCCUUCCUUGCACUAGCAGGGAGCUGAGUUGGUAAUGGAACAGCUGAGACCCACGGUGACUCCCACCUGGGAAUCCGGCGUACCCGGUGCACUAGCAGGGAGCUGGGUUGGUAGUGGAGCAGCUGGAACCCACGGUGACUCCCACCUGGGAUGCCCACGUGCCCGGUGGAGGCUGAAUGUGCUAGGCCACACAGCGCCAGCCCUGCUCUCUGUGCGUCCUUCCCCGGGCCGUUGGUGCUGUGCGUUGGCUGCGAGACAUGCCAUGUGGCGAUCCGUGGCCGCCUGUGUGUCUCUGGGUGUUGCUGUCUCCGCAGGGCCAGGCCUUAGGUGGCCUCUCUGGGCAUCCCUGGGCUGACCCCGGCCUCGCCACCCACGCCCUAAGCUUCAAAGCCACUCUCUUUGUGUGUCUGUGUCUUCCGGUCCACGUGGUGUGUCCGCUGGGGAGAUGUUAAUCUCUGGCCGCCUGGUUGGGAGCCAACUCCUUGGUGAAUGUGAGCCAGACUCAGCUAGAAGCCGUCUCCCUGCUGCUCAGCUACAUUGUUUUGAUCUCCUUGUUUAUUUCCCUGCCUUGCUCCUGAAAAAUACUUUCUCCCACCCAGCUCUCGACCUCUGACCCCCACACUUAUUGGGCUCGCUGCCUUGGUUUGUGGCUUUCACGAAGUCCCUUUGCACGUCUUGGAGUCCUCCAUGCCUGUGUGAGGGUCUCUGGAGCGAAAAGGCCGCCGGUCCCACGCCCCUUUUAUUAUUAACCUGCUGUGUCUGGCACCGAUUUGGCUGGGCCCUCAACAAAGAUGGCGGCGGAGGCGCUGUUUGUAGGGUCAUGACGCUACCGCGGCUGUGCGUCCGCCCUUUCUCUUGAUGGCGGCGCGGUGCGUGAGGCCCCGCCUAUAUGUCAGGGUUCUUCCGCGGCCGGCCACUGCGCUAAGCGCUUGCAGUUGCUGGCCCCGCCCUCCGUGCGCUCUCAUUGGCCAGACUGAGACCAAGUGUGCAGCUAUUGGUGGAGCGGAUGCACACCCUCCCCCCACCCCUGCGUCUGAUGGGGGCGGUUGGGGCGGACGGGAGGAGAACCCCGCUAGGGAAGAGGGUUGCGGAAGUCUGGAAGGGGGAGCCCGGAGCAGCGCACACAGGGGACCAGGACAUGGGAGGUGGUGAUGAGAAGUCCGCACGGGGACUGAGGCAUCUGGGGCUGGCAGUGGAGUAGGGAUGGGGGCCUCGGGACACACGCCCCGGCCCAUGGACUGGGGACCUGUGGGUGCAGUCCCAGGCCUCCGGAUCCUCGGGGACAGCGAGCCAGGCGCAGCACCCGAGCACAGCCAAGGGUUGCAUGCCUGAGCCGGAUCCCUGGUGCCCACGUGCCCAGGGCGAAGCGGUGCAGGUCGGGGGGUGUGGCCGGCGCCCUAGGGCUGCAGGACCCGCCCGCCCGCCCGCCAGACUCGGGCAAAGGUGAUCUUGAGGAGGCCAGACCAGGAGCUGACGGCGAGCUGGGGCCAGGUGCCCGGGUGUGCCCUGGACAGGGCUGAGGCCAUGGCCCCACCACUGGCCGCCAGCACCCCACUGCUGCAUGGCGAGUUCGGUUCCUACCCCGCCAAGGGUCCACGUUUCGCCCUCACCCUGACAUCACAGGCCUUGCAUAUCCAGCGGCUGCGCCCCAAGCCCGAGGCGCGGCCCCGGGGUGGCCUGGUCCCGCUGGCCGAGGUCUCAGGCUGCUGCACCCUGCGAAGCCGCAGCCCUUCAGACCCAGGGGCCUACUUCUGCGUCUACACCUACCCUCAGGGCCGACGAGGGGGCCGGCGCAGGGCCGCCCGCACCUUCCGAGCCGACGGGGCUGCCACCUAUGAGGAGAACCGCGCUGAGGCCCAACGCUGGGCCACUGCCCUCGUGUGUCUGCUCCGGGGACUGCCGCUGCCUGGGGACGGGGAGAUCACCCCUGACCUCCUGCCUCGGCCAGCCCGGCUGCUCUUAUUGGUCAACCCGUUCGGGGGGCGGGGCCUGGCCUGGCAGUGGUGCAAGAACCAUGUGCUGCCCAUGAUCUCUGAGGCAGGGCUGUCCUUCAAUCUCAUACAGACGGAGCGGCAGAACCAUGCCCGGGAGCUGGUCCAGGGGCUGAACCUGGGCGAGUGGGAUGGCAUCGUCACGGUCUCGGGAGAUGGGCUACUGUACGAGGUGCUCAACGGGCUCCUGGACCGCCCCGACUGGGAGGAGGCUGUGAAGACGCCCGUGGGCAUCCUCCCCUGCGGGUCGGGCAACGCGCUGGCUGGCGCCGUGAACCAGCGUGGGGGGUUUGCGCCGUGCCUGGGACUUGACCUGUUGCUCAACUGCUCCCUGUUGCUGUGCCGGGGCGGCAGCCAGCCACUGGACCUGCUCUCGGUGACACUGGCCUCUGGAGCCCGCUGCUUCUCCUUCCUGUCGGUGGCCUGGGGCUUCGUGUCCGACGUGGACAUCCAGAGCGAGCGCUUCCGGGCCCUGGGCAGUGCCCGCUUCACACUGGGCACAGUGCUGGGCCUGGCCGCGCUGCACACCUACCGAGGCCGUCUCUCCUACCUCCCAGCCUCCACGGAGCCCCCCUCGCCUGGUCCCAGCCUGCCCCGUGCCAAGUCUGAGCUGGUUCUGGCCCCGGCCCCGGCCCCUCCUGCGGCCCACUCCCCACUGCAUCGCUCCGUAUCCGACCUGCCCCUGCCCCUGCCCCAGCCGUCCCUGGCUUCCCCUGGCUCCCCGGAACCCCUGGCCGUUCUGUCCCUCAAUGGGGGAGGUCCAGAGCUGGCUGGAGACUGGGGCGGGGCCGGGGAUGCUCCGCUGUCCCCAGACCCUCUGAUGCCCUCGCCCCCCAACUUGCCCAAGGCAGCUGUACUCUCCCCCAUCACUGAGGGGCCUCCAGAAAUGCCAGUGUCUUCUGGGCCCCAUCCUCCUGGCCCUGGCACCCCAGCAGCUGCCUGCAGGUGGGGCCCUCCUGACCACCUGCUGCCUCCACUAGGCAGUCCACUGCCCCCAGACUGGGUGACGCUGGAGGGAGACUUCGUGCUCAUGCUGGCCAUCUCGCCCAGCCACCUGGGUGCCGACCUGGUGGCUGCGCCGCACGCACGCUUUGACGAUGGCCUGGUGCACCUGCUCUGGGUGCGCAGCGGUGUCUCGCGGGCCAUGUUGCUGCGUCUCUUCCUGGCCAUGGAGAAUGGUAGCCACUUAAGCCUGGGCUGUCCACAGCUGGGCUAUGCCACUGCCCGUGCCUUCCGCCUCGAGCCGCUCACGCCUCGCGGUGUGCUGACGGUGGACGGGGAGCAGGUGGAGUACGGGCCUUUGCAGGCGCAGAUGCACCCGGGCAUGGGCACACUGCUCACCGGACCCCCUGGCUGCCCCCGGCAGGAGCCCUAACCCUCAGAGCUGGGGACCCGCUGGGGGCGGGGCCUACAUUCCAAGGGGUGGAGCCUGAGCUGGGGGCGCGGCCUGGCUGCUAAGAGGGAGGAAGCCCCUGAGGGGCACCCACCCCAUCUCAGGAUCACUCCGGUCCCCGGAGAACCAGAGGGGAAGUCGGAGGGCGCUCCCCGAGGGUGGUGCAUGUCGGGCCGGGACUGGCCUCGGGCUCUUGGAGAGCCACAGCGGCCAAGGGCGGGAGCCCACCUUAGCGUCACCCCAUGACGGAAGCUGGAAUGUAAGAGCCGGGGAGGCCUCAGGUGGCCGGCCAGUCAGGCCUGGGUCUCAGACCCACUCCGGUGCCUCCACCUAACUGGCCAAGCAGCCCGGGUGGGGCAGGUUCCCCGGGGCCAGCGCUCGGAUUUGCACUAAUAUUCCUGCCUUCGAGGGCGCAAGCAGGGCAGUCCAGUUCGUGUGCGUCCUUCCUCUGUCCCCAGACUAAAAAAGCAAUUGAAAAGGUCUAUGCAAUAAAGGCAGUCGCUCAUU